CCUCUGAUGAUGUUUGGCGUCAGUAAUCUUGAGAGUUUAUCAGGGAAGAUAUGCCAGGGAUAUAAACAAACCAACUGUGUGUGUGUGGGCAGGCACAUGGGAGAUAAGUUGUGCGAUUGAGAUUGGACGUGUGGACAGUAAUUAUGGUUUCCGUUGCAAGGCUGAAGAAUUAUGUGAUUGCAGGUCUUAGCGCUUGUGGUGGCGCAGCUAUAGUGUACUAUGGACUUAUUUUCGAUAGAAACAGGAAACAGGCCUUGCAGGCAGCUUACACGGAUAAUUUUACACCAAGUGUCAAAUGGGACAAAAACUGGGAUAGGAUGGAGCCAACCUCACUUGUGAAAUCUUCCAAAGGGAAUUCAGAUGACAAUAGGUAUAACGAGGAGUUAGAGAAACAAAAGUCAACUGCUACACGUAAUUUAAUACUGAUACGUCAUGGUCAGUAUAACCUGUCUGGCGAAACGGACGCCGAAAGAGUUUUAACUGAACUUGGAAGGAAGCAAGCAGCUCUGACAGGGCAGAGAUUGAAGGAACUUGAUAUGCCUUAUACGUGUCUUAUUCGCUCCACAAUGGCACGAGCUGUGGAAACUGCAAAAAUUAUACAUAGCUACUUGCCAGAUGUACCAGUGCAGGAUUGCAAUAUGCUGGAGGAGGGUGCGCCAAUACCACCGGAGCCACCAGUUGGACACUGGAAACCAGAAGUAUUUCAGUUUCAUCGCGAUGGUGCUCGAAUUGAGGGUGCAUUCAGGAAGUAUUUUCAUAGAGCCAAACCCAGUCAAACUUCGGACAGCUAUGAGAUCCUUGUCUGUCAUGCAAAUGUCAUUCGCUACUUUGUGUGCAGAGCACUGCAGUUUCCUCCUGAAGCUUGGUUGCGUCUGAGCCUGAACCAUGCAAGUAUUACAUGGAUUGUCAUCCGUCCCAGCGGAUUUGUUUACUUACGUUCUCUUGGUGACACCGGUCACAUGCCUGCAGCAGACAUUACAUCCACAUAAACUUUGAGAGGAGAAACUAUUUUGUUUGAGUGGAGUUGAUUAUUGUUGCUAUUUUUGGACUGAGCACAACUGUGGAAAAAAUAUGUGUACUUUUGAUCUGUUUGCUGUGUAAUUAGAUUGUGUGAAGUGACAUUUUUUGUGUGUGUGAUAACCAGCUUUUUAAGGAAACUUCAGACAUUUAGUGCCUGUUGUAGGGAAAUUUUUUGGGUUAUUAACAGAAAUGAGACUUCCACCUUCUAUUCUUGAGCUGCAUUUCUUUUUUACCAACAAGACAUAUUGAACAUUUUAGCACUAAAAUAUGGUGUUGUAUUUCAUUUGAACAUUUUGUGUGACAUUUGGAAUGUGUUAUUUACUGUAUGUUCAUUUAGUUAAAUUUAUUUAAAAUAUUGGACAGUUAGUAAAAUUAAAAAUGUUGUGUAUCGAAAAGACAACAUUGAAGAUGAUGAGGAUCAGUAGUCAUAGCACUGCCUAUCAUGCAGACCAUUGAGGCAAGUCACCAGACACCAACUUGAUGUGAAAUGAUGACUGAUGAAUAGGAUAAAACUGUUGGAAGACACACAUUGAGCUGCUUGAAAAUUUUAGUUAAUUUAUGUAAGAUUUAUUCUGCAAGUCAAAUAGGCUUUCUUUGAAAAAUUUUAUAAUACAUAUGGCAACUAGACAGAUAUCCACUGAACAGAAAGGCUGAUUACUUCAUUUCUGUUAUUAAAUAGUUCUCUUUAAAGCUGGAGAGUCAGAGAGAAGGUGUAUUUACUACCUCUUUCUAUGAUACGAGCAUAUAGUUUUGUACAUGCCCAUCAAUACCAGGAAUAUUGUUCUCGGAUUUCUUGUUCAUGUUGUUUAUCAUAUAUUGUCUCUAAUUAUGAAGUGCAUUAGUGUAGUAACAAUCCUCCCAUCACAGGUUCUCAGUAUAUGCAUGAGUAAAGAACACAUUAGGAACAAUUCACAUAGUUUUCUACUUCAGGUUAACUCUUAUGACACAAAAACAUUUGGAAGAAAUAUCAAUACAAAUUAAAACACACUGAUUUCAUAUUGGAGUAAUGACAUAUGGUUUGAUCACAUUAUUUGCAGAAUGGUUCAAACACAGGCUGUGAUAAGUAUACGUACUACUGCUGUAAAGCUUUAUGGUUUACUCUCAUUUGCAGUUACAAAUUUCAUCAUUCUGUGGUUCAAAUUGUCAGGAUCACUUGGUUAUACCAUGAAAG